UUUUGCCAGCCAUUUCAUUCACAACGCGCAUACACGCAUUUCCUCUUAAUACGCUGCUUAUAUAUAUAUCUCACGCCGUCUGGCAGACUACAUGAUAUUCUUUACGUGUGCAAUAAACAUCAGAAUCCUUUAAAAACCGAUAAACAGUCCAUGGAUACUGUACGCAUAUAUCAAUUGGCUUCACGCACGCGACAUUGCCCGCAGUAGAGCUCCGUUUUGCUGUAACGAAUUUCUCCAAGCAAUUUUACUGAAACGCUUCAUACAGAGCAUCUUGUGCAGAGACUCCGAAAAUUUCCAGUAUUUUCAGAAACAAAUGUAUGGACGUAUAACGUAUUGGACACAUUUAUUUAAUCUACAACAUAUUUCCUCUCAAGAGAAAUGAGUAAAAGAGAAGGCGAAGGAUGCGCCCGUAAAAGGAAGACAGAAUCAGCCCAGAAAACAGAGGAGUAUGCGAAUACAACGUCUCCUGUGAUUGAGACAUUCAGAGUGUUUCAACAAGAACUUGACGCCAAGCAUGACAAAUAUGAGCGUCUGGUCAAACUGAGUCGAGACAUCACAAUUGAGAGCAAGAGGACAAUAUUCCUGCUGCACAGAGUGACGAGUUUACCCAAUGUUGAAGAGGUUUUGAAUGAGGCAGACAUCCGACUGGAUGCUGUGAGGCAGAAGAUUGGUCACAUAGCUGAGGAGCUUGGAGAUGAUGAUCUCUAUCAGUUCCAUAAAGCCUUCAUGUCAGGUAUUCAGGAGUAUGUAGAGGCAGUGUCCUUUCAUCAUUUCAUCAGGUACCGUACCCUGAUCAGUCUGGAGGAGAUAAACGCCUGUCUUGUAUUCAUGAGAAAUGAGAAGAUGGAAACAAAGGUUUGUGGCAGGGGUUUGUGGCCAGGAGCCUGUGUGUUGACUUUCCAAGUUACACCAACCGACUACCUUUUGGGUGUGGCUGAUCUGACUGGUGAGCUGAUGCGCAUGUGUAUCAGCAGUGUUGGAAAUGGUGAUGUGGACACACCCUUUGAGCUCAGUAACUUCCUGCGGCAGAUCCAUGAUGGAUUUUCUUAUAUUGGUAAUGUGGGUCCUUAUGAGGUUUCUAAAAAGUUGCAUACUCUCCGACAGAGCCUUGGUAAGGUGGAGGAUGCCUGCUAUACACUCAGAGUGCGUGGUUCAGAGAUUCCCAAACACAUGUUAGCUGAUGUUUUUUCAAACAAGGCGACAGUGUUGGAGGAAGAUGAUGGAGCAGUCUAGAGGUCCUAUUUCGCUUAUGUCUGAAAUAUGCAUGUUGUUGUUGGUUGAACAUUAUCUAUUACAUUAUGGGAAAAUGUUUGCCUAUGUAAUUGUUUGAUUUUAGAGGUCCCGAUUAUCGCAUGAUGUAAUUCAACCAUGAAUUUUUUUUUAAAGCAUGUCAGACAUAUUAAGAGAUGCCAAUAAAGCUCAUUUUUGUUAUGAACAGGUGUCUGAGCUGUCCUUCACUUUUCAUUGCUUUGAAAAUUGCAUUUUUAUCUGUGAGUUUAAAUGUUUUAAUCUCUUUCACAUUAUGUUGAGUGUUCUAUAUAAGAUGCCUAUGAGUAAUUGUUAUGCUUGAGUGACUGACUGUAUAUUAUACAUAGGCUGUAGGUAUAAAUAUCAUGCAGUAUCCCAGACACCAAAGAGGCUUCUGACCUGGUUUAGUACAUCAUUUGAACUGUCCUGUGAUGCAUAGAAAAAGGUUUUAGUUCUUAUUGCUUUCUCUUAGUGGCAGCAGCCUUGAAACUUGACUAACUUGAAUUCAAGUUCUUUAUUCUCACAAGCAACUGGUUGUGUGAAUAAAUAACUUGGAUUCAAGUUAAUUUAUUGUUUGCACAGUAUGCCAAGAGAGGAGUUAAUGUUGGCAACAUCCCUAUUUGGGCAUUUUAAUAGUAUAGGGUCCCUUUACCAACAUCACAGAUUUUUGUUUAUCACAUGGCGUCUGCUAUAUUGCUGGGCAAACAAAGAAACAUGUGGAGGUCGUGUGCCGGGGCUUUGCUGGGCGGUUGCUCUGGAGAGCCCUUGGGCUGCUAGGGAUCGAAGGGCUCGCUAGGAAGUGGCUGGUAGCCAACACCAGUAAACAAACAGAGGCAGCAUCAAGAUGGAUUUGGAUACAGUGGGAGGUGCGGUGGGAGAGCCAACUGGUGAAAAAUUAACAUCAUAGAGUUGGGUGGUGUUCAGCAGGGGCAGAUCCAGGAUUCUGGACCUGCUGUCGAGCCCCCCCGAGGUGUCGUGGGCUUAAAUAUGAUGAAACACCAAGGAAGGGUGGUGCCCACCUGAAGAUCUGCUGAUGCCACCUGGCUUAUGAUCUGCGGUCAAGUUUCGGCUCAGGGAGGAGGACGGCCCUGCCAUGCAGAGUCCCGAAGGUGCCUGGAAGGGAGGAAGGACAGACAGAGAGAGAGUGUGAUGCCACUGGCUCACAGAUGGCGCAGGGGUGAGUACCUGUGAAGGCGAGCCAGUCACGAUAAACCCUUAUCGUAUUCCGCAUAUUAUUCUCUGGAAGACCCAGUGACCAUUUGGAAAGAUGAGUUGGCGACCGAGGAAGAAUGGUGACAGCGAGGAAAGACUGCUGACAUUUGGGAAAGACCAGAGCCAGGGUGUGGAGGCUUGGCAAGCCGAAGCACAUCCUUUGUGUGGAGGAAUCCACUACAAUCUGCUAUGGAAAGUACAUUACAAGAUACCCCCGGGGUCGGGCGAGAGCGGGGGAGGAUGAUCAACCCACAGGACAGACUAAUGUUACGACCACCCAUGACGGACAAUCGACUAUGAAACAGCUUACCAAUGAAUCCCGGGUCUGCAGAUGUGGGGAGAAAUACAAAAAUGAGAGGGGUCUGAAAAUUCAUCAGAGCAUGAUGACAUGCCUACAAAAUGAAAAUAAUGUGCAAUGCACAGGACAACCUGGUAAGACAGAGGAGAGGCCAGGGCAGGACGCAAACCACAGUCCCCAGAAGCUCCAGGCAUAUGACGAUGAGGGGGGUAGGAGCAGCAUCUCUGAUGUGACAGAAGAGACAGGUCACCAGAGUGAGAAGUCAGUCAGGACACUGGACGAGCUGGGCAGCAUGCCUGUGCAGAAGGUGUCCGGAAAGAAUGAGUGAACUGGCCAGCCGCAGCUUCAAGGAAGGAAUGGGAGAAGUUUGCUUGUGAUGUGGACCAAGUGCUGGAAGCAGCGAUUGCAGGAGAUGUGGGGAGGAAGCUCAAGGCCAUGGCGACAAUCAUCUGGAGCACAGGGGAAUGAAAGAGCGGAAAGGCUGAGGAAACAUCCAGCCCAAGGAAAACAGACGCCUGAAGGAGAUGGGAAUCCUGAGAGUGGAUCUGUGGAGAGUGAAGAAGGCCUUUCGCGAAGCAACAGCAGAGGAGAAACCAGCACUCUCAGAAAUUCAAGACGACUUUUGAGGGAGCGCAUUAAGAUCUUGCGACGAGCGGAGUGUCAUCGCAGGGCCAGGAAGAGGCGGUUGAACGAAAGGGUAGAUUUCACCAAGAACCCAUUCAAGUACUUGUCGAAACUCCUGGGAGACAAAAGAUCUGGGGAGUUGCAAGCAACAAAAGAAGAGGUGGAGGAGUAUCUUCGUCAGGCCCAUAGCAACCCUAGAAGGGAAGACAGCCUGGAAGAGAUGGAGAAGCUGUUUCGGCUCAGGGAGGAGGAUGUCCCUGCCAUGCAGAGUCCCAAAAGUGCCUGGAAGGGAGGAAAGACAGACAGAGAGAAAGAGAGAGUGAUGCCACUGGCUCGCAGAUGGCGCGGGGUGAGUACCUGUAAAGGCGAGCCAGUCAUGAUAAACCCUUAUCGUAUUCCGCAUAUUAUUCUCUGGAAGACCCAGUGACCACUUGGAAAGAUGAGUUGGCGACCGAGGAAGAAUGGUGACUGGUGCUGAACCAACCUUUCCCUUCAAGGUAGAGGAACCAAGCUGGCAGGACGUCAACAACUUCUUCCUCAAGAUGGCCAGAGGGAAAUCAGUUCCAGGGCCCAACACCAUUCUGUACAAGGUGUACAAAUGUUGCAAAAGGCUCAGGAAGUGACUCUGGAAGCUACUAAAGGCAGCAUGGAGGAAGAACUUCCUCGCUGAUGAGUGGUUGGUUGCUGAGGGAUGUUUCAUUCCUAAAGAAGAAAACUCUACUGGGAUUAAACGGUUCCGGACCAUCUUGUUUCUUAAUGUGGAAGCUAAGAUCUUCCUAGGGAUUCUGGUGAAGAGGUUGACCACCUUUAUGUUGGAUAAUGGGUACAUGGACACUUCAGUCCAAAAAGGUGGAGUCCCAGGGGUAUCUGGCUGCCUCGAGCACACUAGCAUAAUCUCUAAGAUAAUUGAGGACGCAAAGAGGAACAACGGUGACCUGGCAGUUCUAUGGCUCGAUCUAACAAAUGCCUAUGGAACGAUAUCCCACAAGCUAGUGGAAUUGACCCUGAAGACCUACCAUAUCCCAGAGCGGUUCCAGAAGCUCUUGCAGUGUUACUUCGACAGGUUCAACAUGCGUUUCACCUGUGGAGAUUUCACCACCGACUGGCAGAGGCUAGAGGUUGGCAUGGUCACUGGGUGCAUAAUCUCGGUCAUCCUGUUUUCUGCGGCAAUGAACCUUCUCGUAAAGUCAGCAGAGAAGUUGCAUCGAGGUGCAGUACUGGCAAGUGGCAUCUAAAUGGUGCCAAUUAGAGCUUUCAUGGAUGACCUCACCAUUACAAAUGGAUCAGUGCCUGAGGGAAGAUGGAUUUUGGAGGACUUGAUUGAGGUCACUAAUUGGGCAAGGAUGGAGUUCAAGCCAACAAAAUACAAAAGCCUGGUACAGAAGAAGGGAUGUGUCCAGGACCGGUUCCACUUCAAAAUAGGAGAGAACAUCAUUCCAACUAUCAGAGAAAAACCUGUGAAGAGUUUGGGGAAGUGGUACAAGGCAGACCUUAAUGAAAGGCAGAUUGUGAAGGGAGAUGCUUGUCCAGGCAAAAACCUGGAUGAAAUCUCUGGAGAAGAGUAGCCUGCCUGGCAAGUAUAAGGCCUGGGGGUACCAGCACGGCGUACUCCCCAGACUGCUCUGGCCACUUCUCGUCUAUGGAGGUACCCAUCUCUACUGUUGAAGGGCUGGAGAGGAAAAUGAACACCUACCUGAGAAGAUGAUUGGGCAUCCCAAGAAGCUUCUGCUCCAUUGGUGUGUACAGCAGAGGCAGCAAGCUGCAGCUGCCCAUAAUAUCGGUGGUGGAAGAGUACAAGGCAACAAAAACACGCCAGGCUUUGUGCUAAAGAUGAGAGAGUGCGCCAGGCAGACAUUGUCGUUCGGACAGGUCGCAAGUGUCCAGCCAGCAGAGCACUGAGGGAGGCAGAGGACUGGCUGCAUCAUGCUGACAUCAUUGGGUCAGUCGCCCAGGGAAGGCUUGGUCUGGGCUGCUCCACUAGAUCAAGCUAGAAGAAAGCUGGCCCAAAGGAGAAAAAGAAAGACAGAAAGAAAGCACAACUUUAUUCAUCACACACUUGUGAAAUUUCCUCUGUGUUUAACCCAGCUGAAGCAGUGAACACACAAAUGCGCGCGCGCACACGUGAGCAAUGAGCACACACACACCCAGAGCAGUGGGCAGCCAUGCUAACAGCACCCGGGGAGCAGUUGGGAGUUAGGUGCCUCACUCAAGGGCACCUCAGCCCAAGGCCAUCCCAUAUUAACCUAACCUGCAUGUCUUUGGAUUGUGGGGGAAACCGGAGCACCUGGAGGAAACCCACGCAGACACGGGGAGAACAUGCAAACUCCACACAGAAAGGUCCUUGCCGGCUGCUGGGUCUGAACCCAGAACCUUCUUGCUGUGAGGUGAUCGUACUAACCACUGAGAGGUCUGAAAGGCAGAAGAAAGCCGGCACGUCAAGGCUGCUGGAUGAGGUGGGAGAGUGUGAAAGAGAGGGCCCUGACUUGGCAGGACAUCUGGAGCAUGGAAGGCCAUUGGAUAAAGUUCUUGCUGUGUUCCACUUACGAUAUCCUGCCCACUCCAUCAAAUCUCCAUACAUGGGGAUUGGCAGAGAGCCCGAGCUGCACACACUGUGGAAGGCCAGCCAACUUUGAACAUGUUCUCUCCUCAUGUCCCUCAAGCUUGGCAGAUGGCAAGUACCGGUGGUGACACAAGAUCCUGCCACAGUUGGCGGAAGGGGUGGAGCAGGCCAGGAAGAAGGCAAGGCAGCUUUCUCGUGGACCCCAGUUCAUCCAUUUCAUCAGGGUGGGGGAAAGUGCAGUGGCAGAGGUGAGGAGUAAAGGGGUGCUGGCCACAGCAAGCAACUGGGAGAUGCAGGCCGACCUGAAGAAGCAGCUCAAAUUCCUGGAGGAGAUCACCCACACUUGCCUCAGACCAGAUAUCGUCUUCUGGUCGAAAGGAACCAAACAGGUGGUGCUCAUCGAGCUGACAGUACCCUGGGAAGAAAGGAUGGAGGAGGCCCAUGAGCGUAAGCUCAAGAAAUAUCAAGCCCUUAUCGUCAAGAGCCAGCAGAAUGGAUGGAAGGCCUGGAACCUGCCGGUGAAGGUCGGCUGCCAGGGCUUUGCUGGGCAGUUGCUCGGAAGAGCCCUUGGGCUGCUAGGGAUCGAAGGGCUCGCUAGGAAGCGGCUGGUAGCCAACACCAGUAAACAAGCAGAGGCAGCAUCAAGAUGGAUUUGGAUACAGCGGGAGGUAUGGUGGGAGAGCCAACCAGUGAAGAAUUAACAUCUUCAUAGAGUCGGGUGGUGUUCAGCAGGGGCAGAUCCAGGAUGCUGGACCUGCCGUUGAGCCCCCCCCCCCC